GGUUAUGUAGUCCAAACACAAAUGCGAUUUGUUUUGACCGCGAACGCUACAUUUCUCGACAAACUAGCAAAUUUUAUAUUAAAAAAACUGCUGUGUUGAUGAUAUCAAGCGGUAAAAUAUCAAUUAAACCAAGUGAAUUCAAUUGAAAUGCUGUAAAAACGUAUAAUUUUGCGGUUGAGAAACGUAGCUUGUGUCAAGUUUAUUGAAAUAUCAAUAGACAAACUUGAAAAAGGUGCAUGAACGAAACGGUGUGAAAGAGGCAAAAUGAACAUUUGAAUAUUGUAAAAUAGUGAAAUAUAAAUCGGAAAUAUUUCGGAAAAGCGGACAAAUCAAAACCAAACGAUGGCAGAUUCAAUGGAUCCAGAUGUGCAAGAUGAAUUACAAGCAAUGACCGGCGCACCGAACACCAGCACACCGAGAGUAGCGGUGUUUGGAGCCAAUCGACUCACAAACAGAGGUGAUUUAAGAACGGCGAUGCUUUCACGUCCAACAUUUUCAGUUGAGAAUUCUGAAACGUCAAUGAAUUUAUCUAAUGCUAAUGCUCAACAAUCUGGUCGUGCAUUUUCGCCUCCUCCUCCUGUACCGACACUAUCACUAUCGACAACGGACCGAGCUACUAAAAUGGAAUUGGAAGCUAUUUUACGCAAACCGGCUCAUACACCAGAAGAAAAAUUUUUGGUAUUGGAUGCUCGUGAUAAACUGGUACGUUUGACAACUGUCAAAAAUGUGGAUAUAAAAAAAGCGACCAGUACAAAAGGCAUAUGCCCGGAUAUGUGCCCCGAAAAAGAGCGUUUGUCACGUGAAUCGAAGCAUCGUGUGGCCAGUUUUGAAUUGGAAGAAGGUUCAAAGUCAGUCAUGAAUCAUAAUAUUGCUGUAAAAGAAUAUUCAAGAAGUUCGGCCGAUCAAGAAUCACCUUUACCGCACGAAUUACGACCAGAACCUGUUUUGAAGUUAACCAUGACAUAUUUACUCCAAAACAUAAUGGAUUUGUGUGAUGAUCCAGAAACAAGUAUUUGUGAUUGGUAUCAUUUCCUGUGGGAUCGAACCAGAAGUAUUCGCAAGGAUAUAACACAACAAGAACUUUGCAGUACCGAAACCGUGCUGCUCGUCGAACAAUGUGCUCGAUUUCAUAUUCAUUGUGCGGCUCGAUUAAUUGCCGAAGAACCAUCGGUUUUUGAUCAACGAAUUAAUACGGAAAACCUGACAAAGUGUUUGCAAUCGUUGAAAUAUAUUUAUCAUGACUUGGAUCUGAAGAGGAUUCGAUGCCCGAAUGAAGCCGAAUUUCGUGCGUAUGUUGUGCUAUUGAAUUUGCAUGAUUCAAACUUUCUGUGGGAAGUAAAACAAUUGCGGGAAGAGAUUCAACAAUCGCCUGAAAUACAAUUUGCGAUUAAAGUGUAUUUGGCCAUUGAAAGCAACAAUUAUGUUAAGUUCUUCUCACUCGUUCGAUCAACAACAUACAUGAACGCUUGUAUUCUAUUGCGUUAUUUUACGCAAGUUCGAUUCAAAGCACUUAAUAUUAUGUUCAAAGCGUAUGCACCUAGGAAUCCUGGUGUUUAUAUGCCAAUAUCAAAUUUAACCUAUUUGUUGGCAUUCGAGGAAGCAGAGCAAUGUGCACAGUUUUUGGAAUACCAUGGAUUAACGGUGGACAGGGAGUAUGAUCGAGUACUUUUGAACCGGGGUUCAUUCAUUCCACCUGAUAUGCCAUACACAUUGGACCGAGCGAUUAACGUAGUUGAACACAAAAGACAUUCAUCGGUUGGGGAAGCGGUUCAUGGGGCACCGCUUGAUUCGAAAAGCGUUUUGGAAAAAUACGAACCACAUGAUAGCUUCGAUGAAAAUGGAAUAUUGUUACCGAGAGCGUGGUCAGCGGAUGAUCAAAACUACUUCAAACCAGAAGCACGUAUUGAGGCCAGAAUGAAUAAAUCUGUGCCAGUUCCAGCCAAAGAGGAUGAAGCCAUUUUCAAAAUGCCAAUGGCACCACCAAAAUCAAGUCCCAAAUCACGACUAUCGCCAAAACCUGCAGUUUCAUCUGAAAAUACUUUUACUGCCGCACCAACAUCGAAUACAACGACUUCUUUAUUUGGAUCGAAUAAGUUCAACACCUCUUCAACACAAAGUGCAUCAGGCCAAGGACUGUUCAAGAUACAGCCCAGUCAGAUUCAAUCCUCGGCAAAUAAUGUAUUCAGUGCUUUUGGUCAGUCGUCCACACCUCAGACGAAUAUAUUUGGCAAUUCAACGGAAUCGACAAAAACAUUUGAUACAUCUGACGGUGCUACGUUCAAGUUUACAAACAAUACAGCAUUUAGUAAACCAAUUGAUAGGUCCGUUCCGAAUAACAGUAUUUUUUCGUCGGUAGUCACGUCAAAACCAGAACCCGGACUAUUUUCUCAAGUAAAACCAUCUGCCGAUCAAACACCGAAUAUGUUCGGUAAUUUAGCCUCAGGUACACCGUCGAUUUUUGGUAGCUUUACGAAUCAAAAAACGAACAGCACAGGAUUUAUGGGUCAAACAACGACAUUCAACAAACCAAAUCAUCAAAUCGUUAGCAAUAGCUUAUUUAGUGGUAUCAUGUCGUCAACGAUACCAGGCAUUGUGCCACUGGAAGACACCGAUAAUGAGACAGCUCUAAAACUCGAGCAAGAAAAAGAAGCAGUUAGAUUAAAGGAAGAAGAGCGUAAAAGGAAAGAAGCUGAAGAGACUGAACGACGAAAGAAGGCAGAAUUGGAAGAGCAAGAACGUCAACGCAAGAAAGCGGAAGAAGAGAGAAAAAAACAACUUGAGCUCGAAAUGAAAAGAAAAGAAAUUGAAAAAUUAUCGGAAAAAUAUGCUGAAGAAGUAAUCGGAGAAUAUGUAUCGAAUAAUCUAGUGGAGUUGGCCAACACAGAAAUCAAACGACAUCGAGCUAUCGAAGAAUCGAUUAAUAAAAUUUAUACAGAUCUUGCGAAUGAAGCUGUAUCGACGGAAUUGGAACGGAUUGCGAACGAUGUGAAAACCGCUUGGGAUAAAAAUAUACUUGAAAAAUACUUUGUCAGUUGGCGAAAUUUAACGCGCAAAAAGAUUGAACAAAGGCAAAAAAUUGCAAAUACUCCAAUAUGGUUACCGACAAAAAGUAUGAAAGAAUUAAUUCCAGAACUUCAUCAUCCGUUGCAGUCGAAAACAUUGAGCCUAAUGAAAAGAUAUCGUUCCGGACUGCCGUGCAAAUUGAUCGCACCGCCAAUACGCGAGGACAGCAUUGAUUUGUGGAAUGUCAUAACGCCCGAACUUGUGAAAUUAACUGCACAAAUUAAAGUCAAACAACCGUUGAAUAUCUAUUGGAAAUGCAUUAUAUCUUUUCCCGACACCGAUGAGGAUGCAUCAUGCAAAAUAAGCCAAUGGUUGGACAACGUUUUCUAUCGACAAUUGUCAAAAUAUCCGCGACAAGAUGACAUUUUCUUUGUGGAACAACACGAGAUCAACAAUCAACGCAUCAAUGUGUGCAUGCGAAAACUAAUCGGCAAAAAAUUGAUCAACGAAAGCAAAACAGCGUACACUAGGAAAGAUAUCGAUGGCACGAAUGCCAUUCUAUUUCUUAUGACAACGAAAAAUUUGCGUGAAAGUCGGGCACGGUUUGCGGCUGUUAUGAAAGCAAUUGAAUUGAACAAUGCGGCCGGAUUAAUAGUCUACAGUUUGGAUACAGGCGAUUUGAAUGAAGUACGAAACGCUCUGAAUCUAUACGAUUAUAUGGACGAGGAGAAAAUUGACGAAUGCAUUUUUGCAAAUGGUCGAGGCACGAACAAUUUAUGUCAUCUAACAAAACAUGGUCUAAAGUACACUGCGGCCAAUUCAUUCUACGAUGAUCAAUUGGAAAUGCAACAAAUUGUUUCAUUCCUUCGAAUUUGCCUGGCCGAUGAGCUGUGGCAACGAAUUUAUCACUCUGUAAAUCGUAAUCCAACACUACUCGAGGCAUCGACACAACUUAAUUUCCUAAUCGAUUAUCACAACGAAGCCAUAGUUCGACUUAUUUCAAUGUGCACUCUGUCGUGCAUCGAUUCACCAAUGCUGUUUCCAUAUGAGCUACGCCAAUUCGUACCAAAACAUCAAAUUGACAUCCCAUUAGGUUUAGAGUAUUUUCCGGAAAAUUGGCAUAAAACCGCCGAAAAACACACCGAACAAAUUGUGGAGUUUUUGAAAUCGUUACAAAUUCAUCAAGUGAUAAAUAUGAAUGACAUCAGCGAAAUAGCAACAUUGGAAGCAUCUAUUUUAAAAUUUGUUUGUGCACACAUCGCAUCAAAAUCGGCGGCCGAACGCACCGCAUACAAAAUGAUUCAACACAUUUUAGCAUACGUGGGUCCACGACACUUGAAUGCACUUGAAUUUAAAGAGAAAUUAAUCAAAUACAGUUGGUUAGAUGCUUUUCCGAUUUUCGCCACCGAUUUGCUAUCGUUUCAAUAUCAACGAUAUGCCAAUGAACAACGUUUACCAGACUAUGUGAUUUACGAUAAAUAUGAUUAUCAGGAGUAUAUACGAAAUGCCUGGUGGCUACAAACAAAUGAAAAUAUGCUCAAAAAUCUCACAGCAAAUGUACUACGAAAUAUGGAUGCUGCUGUCGAUGAAUACGAACAAAAUUGUAAACGACAAAAAUUGGAGGAAACUAUCAUCGCUGUCGAAGAGAAAAAGAGUCUGGAUGAUAUACUCGCUAAAGGUUUUGCAUCGCUCGAUAAUGCUGACAAAACACUGAAUCGCAUGAAAACGAUUCAGUCAAAAUGUAAAGAUAUAUCGAAAGAUUUCCGAACGAAUCUUUAUAGACAGGAGGAAAUCAUGAGAGACAUGAGACACACAUGGAAAAAUUCGAAUGAAUAGAUUUUUAAACGGAAAAAUUGUAUUUGUACAUGUGUCAUAAUUUUUAAUAAAUAAAAAAAAUUCAUACUUAAUUUAGUUCUAAUUGAAAA